CUGGUAAAUUUAGAGACACUAUCAUAUGAGGGCUUUUUUCCAUUCUGCUUUACCCACAACGGCUGAGACGCGGCUGGGGUUGAGGACAUUUGGGACCUGCUUGGUGGAAACGGCCAUGUCGCAAGCAACUCACCCACCCACCUUUCUGGUGAAUUUCCAACUCCUGAGCAUUGUGGUGGUGCUGCUCGUCCAUGCAGAUGGCAUAUAUGCAGAAAGCCCCAGUGAAGUGCCUGCGAACAAGUCUGAGGAGUGCACGGGCUCGUACAUCUGCAAAAAGGGUGUGAUUUUACCAAUAUGGGAACCACAAGACCCCUCGUUCGGUGACAAAAUAGCUCGGGCAACAGUGUAUUUUGUAGCGAUGGUGUACAUGUUCCUGGGAGUAUCCAUCAUAGCUGACCGCUUCAUGUCCUCCAUCGAAGUCAUUACAUCCCAAGAGCGGGAAAUAACCAUCAAGAAGCCCAACGGCGAGACCAGCAAAACCACAGUGAGGAUCUGGAAUGAGACCGUUUCCAACCUCACAUUGAUGGCCUUGGGCUCAUCCGCUCCCGAGAUCCUUCUGUCCGUUAUCGAAGUGUGUGGUCACGGCUUCACAGCAGGGGACUUGGGGCCAAGCACAAUUGUUGGAAGUGCUGCGUUUAACAUGUUUGUCAUCAUUGCAAUCUGUGUUUAUGUUGUUCCUGAUGGAGAGAUAAGGAAGAUCAAGCACUUGCGAGUGUUUUUUGUUACAGCGGCCUGGAGCAUCUUUGCCUACACUUGGCUUUAUAUUAUUUUAUCUGUGUCUUCUCCUGGUGUUGUGGAGGUUUGGGAAGGCUUGCUCACCUUCUUCUUCUUCCCUAUCUGUGUGGUGUUUGCCUGGAUAGCUGACAGGAGACUUUUAUUUUACAAGUAUGUAUACAAGAAAUAUCGAGCUGGCAAGCAGAGAGGUAUGAUUAUUGAGCAUGAGGGUGACCGGCCCUCCUCCAAAGCUGAUAUUGAGAUGGACGGAAAGGUUGCUAAUUCUCACGUGGAGAACUUUUUGGAUGGGACACUGGUGUUGGAGGUGGAUGAAAAAGACCAGGAUGAUGAGGAAGCCAGGAGAGAAAUGGCUCGGAUCCUGAAGGAGCUGAAACAAAAACACCCUGACAAAGAAAUUGAGCAGCUUAUAGAAUUGGCCAACUACCAGGUCCUAAGUCAGCAGCAGAAGAGCAGGGCCUUUUACCGCAUCCAGGCCACUCGGCUCAUGACAGGAGCUGGCAACAUCUUGAAGAGACAUGCUGCAGACCAGGCCCGCAAAGCCGUCAGCAUGCAUGAGGUCAACAGUGAGGUGGCAGAAAACGAUCCCAUCAGCAAGCUCUACUUUGAGCAGGGUACCUACCAGUGUCUGGAGAACUGUGGCACUGUUGCCCUGACCAUCAUUCGCCGGGGCGGCGACUUGACGAACACGGUGUACGUUGACUUCCGGACAGAGGAUGGGACGGCCAAUGCUGGCUCUGACUAUGAAUUCACUGAAGGGACAGUGGUCUUCAAGCCUGGAGAGACCCAGAAGGAGAUCCGUGUUGGCAUAAUCGAUGAUGACAUAUUCGAGGAGGAUGAGAAUUUCCUGGUCCAUCUCAGCAAUGUCCGUGUGAGCACUGAGACCUCAGAUGAGGGCAUUCUUGAGGCCACUCGUGUCUCAACGCUUGCCUGCCUGGGCUCACCAUCUACUGCCACUGUCACCAUCUUUGACGAUGACCAUGCUGGCAUCUUCACCUUUGAGGAACCAGUAACACAUGUCAGCGAGAGUGUGGGGACCAUGGAAGUGAAAGUGUUGCGAACCUCCGGCGCGCGAGGAAAUGUUAUUGUGCCCUAUAAAACCAUUGAAGGCUCAGCCAAAGGUGGAGGAGAGGACUUUGAAGACACCUGCGGGGAGCUGGAGUUCCAGAACGAUGAGAUAGUCAAAACGAUAUCAAUCAAGGUGAUAGAUGAUGAGGAGUAUGAGAAAAACAAGACCUUCUACCUAGAGAUCGGGGAGCCCCGGCUGGUGGAGAUGAGUGAGAAGAAAGCCCUGUUGUUGAAUGAGCUUGGUGGCUUCACCAUCACAGGGAAACUCUGGAAGGGAAGACCCAUCUUCAGGAAGGUCCAGGCUAGAGAGCGUCCUCUUCCCUGCACCGUGGUCACCAUCCGAGAGGAGAACGAGGAGAAGCAGCCACUGACCAGCAAGGAGGAGGAAGAGCGACGAAUUGCGGAGAUGGGGCGCCCAGUCCUGGGGGAGCACACCAAGCUCGAAGUCAUCAUUGAGGAAUCCUAUGAGUUCAAGAACACAGUGGACAAGCUCAUUAAGAAGACGAACCUGGCCCUGGUGGUUGGCACAAACAGCUGGAGGGAGCAGUUUAUUGAGGCUAUUACUGUCAGUGCGGGGGAAGACGACGACGACGAUGAAUGUGGGGAGGAGAAGCUGCCCUCCUGCUUUGACUAUGUGAUGCACUUUCUGACCGUCUUCUGGAAGGUCCUUUUUGCCUUCGUGCCCCCAACAGACUACUGGAAUGGCUGGGCUUGCUUCGUCGUCUCCAUCCUCAUGAUCGGCAUCCUGACAGCUUUCAUCGGCGACCUGGCGUCCCACUUCGGCUGCACCAUUGGCUUGAAGGACUCGGUCACUGCCGUCGUGUUUGUCGCGCUGGGGACAUCAGUGCCAGACACAUUUGCCAGCAAAGUAGCAGCAACACAGGACCAGUACGCGGACGCCUCCAUCGGGAAUGUCACCGGGAGCAAUGCCGUGAACGUUUUCUUGGGCAUCGGGGUGGCCUGGUCCAUCGCGGCCAUCUACCACGCGGCACACGGACAAGCCUUCGAAGUCUCGCCCGGCACCCUGGCCUUCUCCGUCACCCUCUUCACCAUUUUUGCUUUUAUCAGUGUGGGUGUGUUGCUCUAUCGGCGGAGACCCGAAAUUGGAGGUGAGCUGGGCGGGCCGCGGACUUCCAAGCUGCUCACAUCCUCACUCUUUAUCCUCCUGUGGCUCUUGUACAUAUUCUUCUCAUCUCUGGAAGCCUACUGCCACAUAAAGGGCUUCUAAAGGAACAAUCAGAGAUAGUAAAUAUAUAUAUAUCUAUAUGUAUCUAUAUAGAGCAAUAUAUAGGUAUAGAUAUAGAUAUAACGCUGUGUAUAAUGAACAGAGAAAGAAUAAAAGAGAUUUGCCAUGUUCACACACCUGCUGAUGGAAAGCGGCUUUGGAGCGUCCUUUGAACUAGGAGGGACCCCAAAGCCGGCUGGACCCCCUUCCCAGGGGUCCCCUCUUUGCAACUCUACCAGCGAGAGCAGCCGGCAGCGACCGAGCCCUGUCCCAUCGCUCUCACCGCCCCCCCAGGAGGAUGGAUGCGAAGGCGACCGGGGCGCGUUGGCACAGGGAAGGCCGGAGUGGCUGGUGAGAAACGGAGCCGGUGGGCAAGGGAAGGAGAGGCGAGCGAGGGUCCUGACCUCCGAGCAUCCUCCAUCCGCCUUCGCCACUUGGGAACGUCCCCUCUGGCCCUGUCAGAAAGAAGCGAGAGACCAGACUGAAGAAAAAGGGGAAACUGGGAGCUUUCUAAGGAUAGAACACAACCAUUUUCGUCAUUCGAUUUUUUUUUUCAUUUUGAUGUGUGUAUAAUUAGCAUUUCCCCUCCCUUCCCCCCCCCAUUUUCUCCUUUUCCCCCACCCUCCGUGCUUUGGGGACGCAGCCUCGUGUCCAGUGUCCUACGCUGAGGUCCCACAGCGCCCGUCCUCUGCCCAGCCCAUCACCCCCACCUCAUCCACCCCCCGGGCAUGCUGUCGUGGUACUAGUAACAUUUUGCAUGAAUGAAACGAACCCUACCUGUAUAUAGCAUCCUAUAGUGAUAGUCCUUCCAGCCAUGUGGGUUGAGCAUUGCAGAUACAAGUGUUUCCUUUUCACCUGGCUUUAUUUAUUUUAGGUAGUUUAGUUUCUCCCAUAGUUUUUUUGUUGUUGGUUGGUUGUUUUUUUUUUUUUUGGUUGUUUGUUUCCUCUUCACGGGGAGGGGGGGGAAAGGAGGGAAAGCUUUCACUAUUCACUGCUCCGCGCACGGGUCCCUGAGAAGCAAUAACAGCCACGUGGGUGUUUCUGUGUCCUCGGGGGCCAAGAGACAGCCCCUGUUUCUGAGUGCUAAGCCAUCGGGAUCAGUCCUCAGGGCUGCUCCUUCCCCACAGCCAUUUGGAGGCAGAACAGUUUAGUGUGAGAGCUGAAGGGCCGUAAUGAGGUCUCCCACAACUCUGAAGGUAGCCAUGAAGCAUUCCCUGAGGAAAAAGGACACGUUUGCACCGCCAGCAGUGCUUAGCACUAGGCAUUGCCUCUGGGAUUGAUCAUUCAGCACGCAGCGAGUGUGAGCUCGGUGCCGAGCAGGGCACAGCCCUGGCACAGAGAUGAGGUGGGACCAGUGGCCUUGGCCAGGGUGACAGAGAGGAGGCAGAGCAAAGGGGAUGCAUCCAGCAGGGCAUCUCCCCUCCGAAACCAAUGGGAAGGGUGAGAUGGGGCAGGUGUCACUCAGCACCACCCUGUCUUUCCAGGAUAAGGUUGUGCAUGGUGUUGAUGGGUGUCUUCUCACCCCACACCACCCACCUGGUGGCCCAGCCAGGCAAACCCCCAGCCUGCACGUCACUGGCGAGCUCCUCCGACCCGGCUGAGAAGCACCUCUGUACCUCAACCAGUUGGCUGGGGUAUCUGUACUCAUUUUGAACAAGCUGUGGAAACUUCAAUUAACCUGUUGUAAGAUUUUCUCCAAGAGUCUAAAGAUAUAUUUUUUUUUCCUUGUCAAAGCUUUUUUUUUUUCAUUUUUGAAAGGUUCUUGGGGUUUUCUUUUGGGUUUCUCAUUGUUUUGGGGGAGGAAUUGAACACAAAUGCAGGUUGUUCAGGUCUGCAAUUACCUUUAUGUACAAUGAUUUCAUUUUCAUUUGUUUGGCUUCAUUGAUUUUUCUUUGUGUGUAUUGCCCACCACUAUAGGCAGUGAGUCCACUAAUUGUGAUGAUCCUUAUCAAUGGUACACGAUGCACAGACAAAUAAAGUUUGUAAUGAUUCCUCAUGGA